AUGAACUUUGAAAACCAACAUCCGAAGGAUGGUGAAAUCGGACCUAACGCCAUUGUUGUCUACGUAGGCAAAGAAAAGGCUGUAGAGGGUGAUUCUAAUAAAGAGGUCGAAGUUGAAUCACAUGAUGAAGGUGAUGAAUAUACUGAGCCACGGCCUAUUGUAGAACCGUGGCAAAUGGAAACUCCACCUCCGAAAAUUAUCAUGGAUCUUGUCAAGACAAAAUUAGGUGUUGAUAUAUCAUAUUCCACGGCUCUGAGAGGGAAAAAACAAGUUGUUACUGAUUUGAAAGGUAGCCCAGAUGAAAGCUACAAGAUACUGCGAUGUUAUCUGCACAUGUUAGAGAAGGUUAAUCAUGCUUUGGGAGCUAGCGUUGAAGGAUUUAAAGUCAUGAGGAAAGUUAUAACUAUGGAUGCAACUUUUCUAAAGAAUGGAUAUAAGGGUGUUCUUAUGUCGAAAACCGUUGUUGGGGAUUCUUCUAAAAUAGUAUUUAUGACUAACAGAAAUACAAGUCUCAUAAAAGCCAUAGCUAAUGUGUAUCCUCUGGCUCAUCAUGGUUUUUGUAUAUGGCAUUUAUCCCAAAAUGUGAAAUGUUAUGCUAGUAACGUCAACAAAGACGUUGUUGCAUGGAGAUUCAUGGAGUGUAGUAGGUUUUACACAGUGGCUGAGUUCAACAUUGCUUACGCUUCUUUUACGACAAGAUAUCCUUUUGCUGCCAAGUAUCUUGAAGAAUCUACCCAGAAAGAAAGAUGGGCAAGAUGUGUUUUUCCAGGAGAUAUAUACAACCUAGACACAAGCAACUGUGUUCAAUCGAUGAACAACGUAUUUAAAGAUGCAGGGAGGUACUCCUUGAUACUCAUGCUUGAUGCAAAACUUAAAAAAUUCUCUGAAUGGUUUAAUGAACAUCGAAAAGAUGCUGUGUCUGGAUCAGUCGCAAAUAAAUUGGUGCCUUUAGUGGAGAACUACUUACAUGAUUUAUGGGCAACUGCUGCGAAACUGAAGGUGACAGAGCUAAAUGGUUUCAAAAUUGAAUACAAUGUCAUUGACAGUGACGGAAAGUCUUAUUUGGUGAAGUUGCGAUUGAGAAGUUGCAGUUGCAGGUUUUUCGAUAUACAAAAAUAUCCUUGUGUGCAUGCAUUGGUGUCUUUCAUUACAUUCCAAAAAUAUUGA